AUGAUGAAAAUCAGCGUUGUUGUUCCUAUUCUCCUUGUGUUGUUGAGUUCAGUUAAAUCUGCUCGUCAUUGCAAAGUUGCCAAAUCUAGAAAACCGAACGCAAUUGAGAGUACUUCCAGUUAUUUUGAGAGAGCACUGGUUGUCAAUGUAGAUAGAGAAGAAUCGUUACUCGUUUGUAGAGAAUGUGUAAAACAUAGAUUGAUAAUUCCCGGAAAGGAGGAACAAACAUACUGUGAUGUGGGUGGAUGUGAACAGAGUCAAGAAUGUUAUGAAUUUAAAAUUCCUAAUGUUUAUUUAUCUGUAAAUGUUUGUAUAAUUUGA